AACAUUUUUGCGCAACCAUCAUGUCCAAGUCCAAGGUUGACAGCGUCGAGAAGAAGCGCAAGCGCGAUGCUGAGGUAGCAGAAGAUGCGCCGAAAAAGUCCAAAAAGUCCAAGAAGGUCGAAGAUACUCAGGAUGCGCCGGUGAUCGAAGCGGCGGAAGCAAAGAAGGAUAAGAAGGAAAAGAAGGACAAGAAGUCGAAAAAGUCCAAGGACAACGUGGACACGCCUGCAGUCGACGAUUCUGUCGACGAUUCAAAGAAGGAGAAGAAUGAGAAAAAGGAAAAGAAGUCCAAGAAGUCCAAAGACGUCGCCGCUUCCGAAGAUGCGCCCGCCGAGACUGAGCUUAUCGAUGAGAUGAAAAAAUCUGAGAACUUCAUCAGUGUCAACGACGAUGAGCCCAUGCCCGAUGCGACUGAUGCAUCGGCGAAGAAGGACAAGAAGAAGUCUAAGAAAGACAAGGAGUCGAAAAAGUCCAAGAAGAGCAAGGAUGUUGCUGAGACUGAAGACACGCCCAUGGAGGAUGCGCCUGAGCAGCAAAAUGGCACAGCAGAAGAUGCUCCGGUGGAAGUCAACGGGGUAGACUCUGACUCGAAGGCUGAGAAGAAGGAAAAGAAGAAAGACAAAAAGGAGAAGAAGGAGAAAAAAGAGAAAAAGGCUAAGAAGUCUGGAAAGGCGGAGACCAACGGAGAAGCUCCCGUCGAGGAACAGCCCGCAGCUGAGACCAAUGGCGAAGCUACUGCAAAAGACGAGGAGGCUGCGGUGGAAGUAAAUGCAGAGGAGGCGGAAGAAGCUGAAGCUGCAGUUGAGGCCAACCAGGGUCGCUUCAUCGUCUUUGUCGGCAAUCUCCCCUACUCGGCCACGAAAGAGCAAAUCGAGAAGCACUUUGAAAAGAUCAAGCCCACCGAGAUCCGCCUGCGCACAUACAAGGGUAGCGAAAAGUUCAUGGGCACGUGCUUCAUCGAGUUUGACCGAUUCGACCGCAUGGUGACUUGCCUAAAGAAGUACCACCACUCGGUCUUCCCCGACCCCAAGAAGAAGGAGGGCCGGAAGAUCAACGUUGAGUUGAGCGCUGGAGGCGGCGGCAACAGCGAAGCCCGCAAAUCCAAGAUUGCAGCCAAGAACGAAAAGCUCCACGACGAGCGCGCCCGCGACCGCGUCAAGAAGGCCGAACUCGAGAUGAAGCAGAGUGAACGCAAGCAGAAAAAGGAAGCAAAAUCUGGCAAGGACGCAGACACCAAUGGCGAGACUGCGGAACCGGAAAAGGCAUCUGAAGCCGAAACUUUUGGCAUGAACCCCGCGCGCCUCGCUAUGAUGCAGGCUCCCGCACGACCCAUGCACAGGUCAAGAUACUAGAAUCAUGGACCGCGAUUUGGAUAGUUUUGGGCCGAGAUGGAAGAUUUGCAAUCUGCGAUUGACCAUUUUGAAAACAAAAUGUAUGGGAAUGUCAUCUUGAUGCACAGCAUAUGCUUGCGAUACCGACAACGUUUUUAGACAGAGCUUAAUGAUAUUGGAAGGAUAGUUGAUUUUCUCAUUGCACCAUUUCCACACUGGUGAAAUAUAGCUAAAGGAGCG